UUUGUUGCAGCAACUUGUUAGUGGAUAUGGGUAGAAUACUGUGUAUAUAAGAUCGAGAAAAUUCCUUCUGCAAUGAAUAUAUUUUUUACCUAGCUACAGGACCUAAAACGGCUACGGUUCCUCUCUGUGCCUAUAUUUUACGGCAGACUAAUAUAACUUAAGCGCCCCGGGAGAUGCCGGAGGACGGGGACGGCGGCCGGUGCGAGGUGUGUGGGGCGGCCGCAGCCCGUCGGUGCGGCGACUGCAAGCAAGUCGUGUACUGCGGCCCGGAGCACCAGCGCCAGGACUGGAAGCAGCACAAGGCGACCUGCAGGCCGUACCAGGAGGAGUCGAGCCCGGAGCUGGGCCGGCACCUCGUCGCCACCCGCGACCUGCGGCCCGGUGACCUCGUCCUGAGGGAAGCCCCGCUGGUGAUCGGCCCCAAGCACCACUCCCUGCCGCGGGACCAGGAGGGGGGCAGCGGCGUGUGCCUCGGGUGCCACCGGCCGGUGCGGCCGGACUCGGAGUUCCGCUGCCCGCGGUGCCUGUGGCCCGUGUGCGGGCCGGACUGCCCCGCCGACGGCAAGGCCCACACCGCGGAGUGCGCCGUGCUGCGGUCCGUGCCGCGCCGCCAGCUGCAGGAGACGCUACUGCGCCAGAGCCAGCGCUAGAGGUCGUCACCCCCGCUCCGCUGCCUGCUGCUGCAGAGGAGGAGCCCCGCCAGGUGGCAGCAGCUCCUCGGCAUGGAGUCCCACGAGGACAAGCGGGGCCCAGGCACCGACGCCUACAGGGAGGGCAGCGAGAUAGCGGACCUCCUGCUCGGAAACUACCCGGCCGGGACGGCGGCGCUCGAGGACUGCUCCAAGCGCACCAUCCGGCGCGUCCUCGGGGUGCUGGACGUGAACGGACUCGACGUGUUGGAGCCGGGGGGCGCCGUCCUGGUCGCUUUGUACCCUGCCACGUGCCUCCUGGAGCACAGCUGCCUGCCCAACACCCGGCACAGCUUCGAGCUGGCCCCGGGCCCCCAUCAGUACCGCAUCACCGUCACGGCCGCCACGCACAUCGCCAGGGGCGAGCACAUCAGCACGAUGUACACGCACGUGCUGUGGGGGACUCAGGCCCGCCAGGACCACCUGCGGGCGACCAAGUACUUCAACUGCCGGUGCCGGCGGUGCGCCGACCCCACGGAGCUGGGCACGCACUUCAGCACCAUCAAGUGCCUCGCGCCCCGCGCCGGUGACAGCGACGGCGCCACGUGUGGCGGGAUCCAGCUGCCGGCUCUGCCGCUCGACGAUCAGACAGAGUGGCGAUGCGACACCUGUCCCAUGAGCCUGACCGCCGCCCAGGUCUCCGACCUCGUCACCCGCAUCGGAGAUGAGGUGGACAACGUCCUGCAGGGAGGUCCGACAGUGAAGCAGCUGGAAGGCUUGCUGACGAAGCUGGAGACUUUCCUCCACCCGCACCACUACCACUGCUACGCCGUCAAACACUCGCUGGUGCAGCUGUACGGGCACCAGCACGGCUACCAACACCACCAGCUCAGCGACGAGCUGCUGCGGAAGAAAGCUGCGAUGUGCAGGGAACUGCUGCGCACCACCGAGGCGCUGGACCCCGGGUGUGCGCGUCUGGUGCUCUACUCCUCCGUGCUGCAGUACGAGCUGGCCCGCGCCCUCGCCCGGCUGGAUUCCGCGCGGGACCUUUCAGAGGCGCUCGCGCUGCUGCAGCGCGCGGCACAGGACCUGCGGCCCGAGCCCGAGCUGUCGCCCGGGCGCAAGAUGAUGGAGCUCGUCGAGACGUUCCUCCGGGAGCUCCGAGCCCGGAUCCGGCAGGAGUCCAAGUAGCAUCUGGGCCCCUGCCGCUGCCUCCUUGCUGAAACAUGGAACAAAAAAAUAAAAUUAUGAAUUGAUACAAAUUGACUCAAGAUUAUAUACCCUCCCGCCUUUUUUUCAUCUUGGUUCAAAAUGAAGUUAAACAAAUGCAAGGUUAGAAUCUCAGACGUGGGUCUUCCCUUGCUUUUUUUUUCAAGAAGCUUUAAUAAUUAAAUAUCUCAAUUAAAUGAAGGAAAAAUUUUAAAUAAUGUUAAGCAUGCAAAAUAAAAUAACUUCAUAAAAAUCUUUGCAAAAUUUUAUUAACACCCGCCAAAAAAAAUUAUUAACUAGCGCUCACUACCAAAUCGGGUACACGAUUGCGAAGAAAUGGACGGGAGGUGUAGUUUACGAUGCUGCGACACACUUCAGUGAGAUACAAUUACGUACGAUGUCGCUGAAACAACUAGUGGUGCAACAGGUGGACAGAGGAAAAGGGAAAGACUGACUUUUUUGACCCACUUACGUAAGACUCUUAAAGUUUGUUUUAUCUUAUAAACGGUGUUGUCCUCUAAGUUCUGAAUUUAAUUGAUUCUACGAUGUGUCUUCAGUGUGACUUUUAGACUCAUUAAAUGGGGUUCAGUGAAUAAUCGAUUUCCUAUAGGUACAAACUUUUCAACAUCACAGGGGAAAGUAUAAGCAGUAAUGCUGGGCACACAGAAUCAGAAAAGACAUGAUGCGACAUAGCGCAACACCACACUAUGCUUCGCGACAGCCUAACACCGUAUUUCAGUUACAUUUCUUGAUAUUGAAUUGUUGUGAUACUCCUUUAAAGAUGGACUAAGUCU